ACAGCCGAAAGUAAGGAAAGUCAUGCGCUGAUGGAAACAUCACUUGGAGAGGACUUCACACCACAUUUACCAAGCAGUCUAAUUUUAGACGGAAUAAUUACGCUAUUAGCUCAACUCUCUUGCUGCAGUUGUUUUUCCUUCUAUGGCAUUUUACAAGGACGAUGGCCAGGAGGACGCGCGAGAGUGUCCAGUGUGCUAUGAGUGUCUGUCGGGCGCUGAAAGGACUCUGAGCUGCGGGCAUGUAUUCUGUCACGACUGCCUGGUCAAAACGCUGGUCAGCAGCGAUGGAAACAUCAGAGACACGAUCGUUUGCCCUAUCUGCCGACAUCUCACGUUCAUCAAGAAACAAAAGGAAGCGCUGGGGUCCCUUGCGGCGGACAAGGAUCCAAAUCCAGAUGAAGCGCAGACCCUGGAGGUGCCUCUCCCUCUGUCACUGGGACAGCUCCAGGGCGCACGGCGCGCCUCGUGGAACAGUUCACUUAGGGGAGUUAAUUGGAUCGUUGACCUGUUCAGGGGGAUCUCUGAGCGAGUCCGUCGACAGCGGUUGAUCAGCCCCAGACAUACUGCAUCUCAGAUCUUUAUCAUAAGCGCUCAAGGGCGACCCAUGGCUGAAGAAGAUGCGCUCAGUGUUGUGAUGACUGUGGUUCAACCCCAGCGCAGGCGAAGGCGCAGGAUUUGCACAACUGCACGAUGCCUCCUCGUUUUACUGUCAGCCUUUACCAUACUGGCACUGGUGGCUGCGACUUUACCCUGGAUUUUGUUGGCAUAGUACAGUGAUGUGGGAGUCUGGAUUAUGAAGUGCCAAUGAUGAUGAUGAAUGAUGAAAUGACAUUUAGAGAAAAAAACUCUCCUACACAAAUCCAAAUUUAUCCAUCAGCUAUCCAAUGAAGUGUGUGAAACUGGACUUGCCCGAUCAAAAAUAAUCUGAGCAUCAAUGUAAAACCAAUCUGCUGAAAAUGUACAAUUCAGGAAAGAUAUAUAUCUUAGUUUGCAACAUGAUUUUAAAGAUAUGAUCAGGCAUUGUCAUUGCCCUCCCUGGUUUUAGGGAAAAGACAGGGAGUUUAUUGGCAUGCCCACCUCUUUUAUGUGUAUUACCAAGCAACAGUCAAGCAAAGUAAAGGUUGGAAAAGCCCUGACAGCUAAGCCUUUUGUUUUGCAUUCCUGUCUGUGACAAGUUCUACCUGUUUUCUGAAAAUGCAAGAAAUGCAGGAAAUUAUAACGAUAUCAACGCACAUCCGAAAACUUCUGAAUUCAAUGAGAGUGGACAUUUUGGAGAUCUAGUUUAAACAAUUU